AUGACCACGAACGAGUUGCAACCAACAUUCAUUUUGGACGAAUCUCUAUACACUCUGUGCUUUCAGGCAGAUGUUUCGAUAUUAUUCCAAGUCGAGACAUCUGUUAUGAAAAAACCAUUCCCAUCCGACAUUAUUCGUAUCGGUUGUGAUGGUCUCUUGUUGAAAUCUUCGGUUUUAGAUGGUGAGGGUACUAAUACUAUCACUCUUAGUAUUCAAAAUCCCUUGACAAGGCAAAACCUUGUUAUCCCUCCGCUUCAUGGGAUAAAGAUAAACGAAUUUACGAGGUACGGUGUUGCGUAUGCACCGGUUUCCAAAGUGUACAAGGUGGCUUUAGCAUUACCUCCCGAGUCAGAGGACUCGACAACCGAAGCCAAAUGCUGCUAUAUAUUUACUGUUGGAGAUAUUCACGGCUCGUGGAGAAAUGUGUCUACUGCGCACUUGUCUAUUGCGGAUAAGAAAGCAUUUGAAGGUCAGCCGUUGACUUAUGAAGGGGGAUUUAUCCACUGGAUCGCGCUCGACAAUGACCGAGUUUUGACUAUGGAUAUUGAAACAGAGACUAUUAAAGAGACUCCUCUGCCUAUCAAUGAAGUUGAUGCACAGCCAACGGUAUUUCUGUCAACGGGGGAAUAUCUGUCCUUUUUGGUGCUUGUUUUUGGUGAUGCGAAUGAGCCAUCGAUUUUUGUAUACCAUCUUGAUACUAAGGAGAUGGUAACAUUAGAGCUUCCUGAACAAGUGCACUAUUUGUGUCCUAUAAUCCACAAGAAUAGCCUCAUCCGGUUUUAG